UUCCCGAUUCAACGUCCAAGUUCAUUUUUAUCGCCAAACUUCACACUUAAUAUACGAUUAGCAUUAACGAAAUUUAAAAACAAAAUAUAAUCAGGGGGCUAACUUCACGGAUGUGGAAUUAUUUAUGGUCUAAUGAGGAAGAGACAGAAAUUGAUAAAUGUGAUAAAGUGCGAGUUAUUAGUGCAUAUAAGUAGAAGAGAUAGUUGUUUAAGUAACCAAGGCAAAGCCAUAUUAUGUCGGUGGAACUUAGUGGACAGUACGAAAUCAAACACGAACUAUUUGAUUGAAAAUUUCGAACAGUUUUAAUUUGAAAGUGUUUCAUAAUGAGAUAAAGGGAGUCUUAAUUAAUAUUCGGGAUAAAUAUGUAACGGCAAACCAGUAUGUUUUUUUUAUCUUAUACUUGAAUAAAUAUGAAUACAAUAUACAAUAGUUUAUUUAUUAUUAUGUCGUUUUUUUGGGACCUUGAGUAGUUUUGUUAUGAAUACUUUUGUUGUCAUUUUAUCAUUAUUUAAGUGUUAACCUACCCUCUCAAUAUUUACUUAAUACGACCAAAAUGAUAAGGAAAAUACGUUACUGAUAUUAAUUUGCAGAAUUAUUGUAAAAGUCACAGUAGUUGCAAAAAGGUGAGAGUUGAUUUUACAGUUAUGGGAUUUCAAAAAAUACUAUUAGUGAUUAUUAUUAUUCAAGGAAUAUCUUCGUAUUAUAUUUACAACGCAGAUACAAAUCAAGUUCUAUCUUAUGCUACAUUAAAUAACUUACCGGAAGGAUUCAAAAUUAUACGAGCUCCUAAAUAUUUAACCAGACGAAAUAAAAAAACUGAUACCCGGGGACUGAGUUGUCCUAAACAGAAAUUCAUCUGUGACGAACCGUAUGCCAAAUCAUCAACGUACCAAUUCGAAUGUGAAUACGAUACACAAUGUCCGAAGAAUUACUUGUGUUGUAGUCAAAAUUGCUUCAAACACAAAGUUUGCUCGAAAGGCGUAUUCAGAAGCAUUAAAAACCCAUAUUGGACUUCUAACUCCAAAAACAAUUCGAUUUCCUUAGACGCCGAAUCGAAAAAAUGCCAAAAAUGGCCGUUUCCUUGUUCAAAUAUUUAUCCUGAAAGUUUUUCAUAUCCAUUUAAAUGCGAAUCUGAUACACAAUGUCCAAAAUAUUAUUUGUGCUGUCGACAAAAUUGUUUUAAACAUAAAAUUUGUUCAAAGGAAGUUGUGCACGUAGAAGAAUUGAGAAAAACAGUAAAAACCGCUACAACUACUACCCUAGAUAGCGGAACAACGCAAAAUUUCGAUAGUUCCACUGCGGAUUCCGAUUAUUCAACUGCGGAUUCCGAUUAUUCAACUGCGGAUUCCGAUUUUUCAACUGCGGAUUCCGAUUUUUCAACUGCGGAUUCCGAUUAUUCAACUGCGGAUUCCGAUUAUUCAACUGCGGAUUCCGAUUUUUCAACUGCGGAUUCCGAUUUUUCAACUGCGGAUUCCGAUUUUUCAACUGCGGAUUCCGAUUUUUCAACUGCGGAUUCCGAUUUUUCAACUGCGGAUUCCGAUUUUUCAACUGCGGAUUUCGAUGAUUCAACUGCGAACUCCGAAAGUUCAACUGCCGAUUCCGAUAGUUCAACUUGGGAUCCGAAUGCAAUUUACCCCGAAUUUUUUUAUAGUGAAAAUGUCGAAGUCCUCAACGAGGAUUAUAGCGAAGGAAAAUAGGAUUUAAAAACGUCAAAUGUUAUUUUUGAUAAGAUUAUACUUUUUUUUUAUAAAAUAAUUCAUAAUAAAUUUUGAAUAAAU